AUGGGCGCUCCCAGCGUGCCUAAGUAUUGCCGUGUAUGCCGGAUGCUGGUUGCCGCCGGGCAAUUUUUGAUUGAGAGGCUGAGACUGACAGGAGAUGACUUGAGUGAUGAGUGGGCAGACGAACAGAUGCCAGUGGACGGCGCAAAGGGUUGUAUAAGAGCAUUUACCCAGUCGAAACGACAAUAUCCACAGCUCAAAGUCAUCCUCUCAAUCGGUGGAGGAGGAGCCGGCAGCGAGAACUUUGCAGCUGUCGCAGCGGAUCCAGCGUUGACAGCAAACUUUGUGGAGACAGCAAAGAACCUGGUAGACAAGUUCAGCCUCGAUGGGCUAGAUGUUGACUGGGAGCAUCCUUCCGACCCCGAUCAGGGCGCAAAUUACAUAUCUCUCCUUGCUGCUCUUCGAGAACAGCUACCCUCACCGCAAUAUAUCCUAUCAUCCGCCCUGCCAGCCGGUCAGUGGGCACUGCAACAUAUAAAUCUACAUCUCGCGCAGUGUUAUCUUGAUGUAAUAAAUGUGAUGACAUACGACUUUUCUGGCCCAUGGGUACCGCAGUGCGGUCACCAGUCUCAGCUCUUCCCUCCCGAACAACCACAUAAUGACGCCGCUCAUCUCUCAUGCAGCUCUGCCGUCUCAUACUUACUCGCCCAAGGCGUGCCGCCGCAUAAGAUAUUAAUGGGUAUACCGGUAUACGGCCGUGGCUUCCCCGGAACAAACAGCGUUGGACAGUUCUCGUGUCUCGGGGCCGACGGAUCAGACAAACCGGCAGAUGAGGUUGGAGGUAACGAGAAGGAGGUUGUAUUCGACUAUUGUGAUCUCCCCCUGUCGGGUUCAAUAGAGCAGCACGACACCGAGGUCGGGAAUGCAGCUUUUUGCGUCGACAAUGAACAGAAUGCCGGAUUCAUCUCGUACGAUUCACCACAGAGCGUCAAGUUGAAGGCACAGUUUGUUAAGCAGACGGGUCUGGCGGGGCUCUUUUAUUGGCAUAUUGCUGCAGACUCGACUACUGCGGCCAGAAGCCUUAUCGCCACAGGGUAUAAUACUAUGCAUGACUUGUAG